ACACACACACAAGAUACCGGGAACUGUCAUUUUUCUCGUUGACAUUUCGUUGACGGUUGAUUGUUUACGUUUUUUUACGCGGAACCGGCCCGGCGAAAUGAGCGCGGAAGUGGAAAAUCCUUUGGAAAUCCAGGAAACGGAGCGCCCUCUGAGUUGAACAGAAUCCAACACUGAAAAGGAAUCGACCGAGGAAGCAACACAUUUACCGCCGGAUGAUGGAACACCGAUGGAAACGGAUGAGCAGAAAUCCGCCGGCGUUGAGCUCCUGCGACCGGCCGAGAGUGACUUCUUCCAGGAUCGCACGUGUAUAGAGUUGGCCCGCAGCUCUUGGGAUCGGCCAGAGUUCAAACAUUACCUGCAAGGAUGUCGAUGGUCUCCGGACGGGACGUGCGUGCUCACGGUAGUGAACGAUGACGGGAUGCACAUCGUGGAACUGCCCACCGACCUGUACGAUAAAGAGGCGAUCAGCGAGGACCGACCAGUCGAUGUGCUGACCUCGGCGGUGCACGUGAAACGGAGUGCCCACGUGUACGACUACGCCUGGUAUCCGGCCAUGAACAGUCUGCAACCGGAAACAUGCUGCUGGAUAGCUUCGCGCCGCCACGAACCGAUCCACCUCUGGGAUGCAUUCACUGGCCAGUUGCGGUGCUCGUACAAGGGCUACGAUCAGUUCGAUGAGGUGAAUUCGGCCCUAUCGGUGCUUUUCUCACCCGAUGACGGCUCCACGAUCUACGGUGGUUACGUCAAAUCAAUCAAAUCCUUCGAUCUCAAUGUACCGGGCCGCGAGAAAGCAUCGUGGAGCCUGAAGUCAACCGCAUCCUGCUUGGCGAUAGCUUUCUCAAUGCCGCAAACCAUCGUUUACGGAUCAUGGAAUCGUCACAUUUCCCUGCUUGACACACGCUCCGGCGAACAGAUCGGUGUCUCGAAGAACCCGCACAACGCAGGUAUCACCUGGGUAGGUUUUGAACCGGACCGCGAGGAACUGUUUGUGUCCGGUGCGCGCAAAGAUUCCAAAAUUUGCCUCUGGGACAUACGAAAUCUGACGGCACCGCUACGCGUACUACAUCGUACUUGCGCCAACAACCAGCGGGUGCAUCUGGACUUUUCACCACGGGGCCAGUGGUUGGUGAGCGGUGACACGCGUGGAAUCCUGCAGGCCUGGAAUCUACGGGAACCGGACAGUGAUGCGUGUCCGAAACAACUCAGUUUUCCACUUCAUCACGAUUCCCUCAACGGAGUGUCAUUCCAUCCCACUGCUCCCAUACUGGCAACGUCCAGUGGUCAGGAGCAUUUGACCUUACCAGCUAGUGCCAAAUGCGACGGCGACGAUGACGAUGAUACCGACCAGUCCACGACAUCUGCCGCUCCAACACAGCCUGCUGCAAAUCAACAGAAAAUCGAAAACUCACUCACCCUCUGGUGGAUCGGUAAAGCGUUACUUUCUGAUGGCUGAGCAAGCGGGGACGGCAAGUA